CGCAUAUCAGUCAUGUAUGCUCAUGAUAAGACUUCAGACCUGAUAGCAGAGCAGUGCCUCACAGAAAUGUACCCUAAGGGGAAAAAGAUAGACCUACAAGAGUCGGACGAAUCCUGUAUUAUAUAUUGUGUGCUGAAGAAAUUCGGUAUCAUGAACGCCAGCGGCCAAAUCAAUUUGGACGUGUAUCGAAAACGAGUGCAACUGGCUCAUCAGCUAGACAACAGGACGAUAAUGAAUGACAACGGAGCUUCCUGCGUGGAAAGCGCUGAAGCGACGCAACACAAACAGGACGUGUGCAAGAAAGCGAAGGUUUUUAAUGAUUGCACACAUCUAUAUCGUAUUUUAUUCAAAUAA